AUGAGUCGCGUCUACAGAGUGAAUGCUUUGAAGCAUAAAGAACACUUCUGUGUGAUAUUACUUACACAAAUAUCAGCAAUAUGCGAUCAAAUUGCUCACAGUUUACAAUAUUUUGUGAUACAAACUCUUAAAAUAACUAGUUUAUUGAAGGUGGCUGAAAAUUCUGGUAUCGAUUGGAAAUAUUUUGAAGCUAGCUCUUGCUUAGUAGUGCUUGUGGUUCUCUGGGCAUUAAGUUUUUUCAAAUUCGGAAGUUUUGAAAUCGCAUUGAUCCUGUUAGGAAUAACAGGACGCCCACUGUGGCCAAUGUAAUGUUUGUUACAGUUCAUACAAUUUAUUUUGUAAAAGGUGUUAUUUUAUCUCCUUUUUCUGUCGGAUCUUUUGGUUUGCAUAAGAUCGAAUUAAGCGAUUCGGCUGGUUUGUGUGCUACAUCUAAAUCAAACGGUUUCACUAUUCUAGCCGUUAUUUCAGAGAUAUUUCUGAUGUAUGGUAGGAUGAAUUUCUUUUUGGUCUUUGGUGAUUGUGCUUUGAUUCGAAUUUAAACACUUUUUGAUGAAAUUUUUUGGAUAACCAUUCUUCUUGAAGACCGUUCCUAAGUAUUUUUCUUCCAUUCUUUUCAACUCUGGUGUGCUACAAUGUGUUUGAACUCUUCUAAACAAUGUCUGCACACAGUUUCUUUUGUGAGUAAUUGGAUUAUUGCUAGAAUAGUUGAGUAUUUGAUCUGUGUGCGUUGAUUUUCUAUAUACUUGUGUUUCUAAAUUUCCUGUGUUGGUUCUCCUGAUUAAGACAUCUAAAAAUGGGAUUUUGUUAUCUAAUUCUUCUUCUCUUGUGAAUUUGAUGUCUUCAAAUAUAUUGUUUAUUAAUUUAUGGGUAUAUUCUAAAUCAUUUUUCUUAAUUAUUACAAAUGUAUCAUCAACGUAGCGUACCCAGAUUUUCGGUUUUAUUAUAGGUAGAGCUAUUAAUUCUAAUCUUUGCAUAACGGC